AUGGCGGACACCGAGGAAGCGUUUGGCCUCCAAAAUUCGCCCUCGGAAACAGAUUCCAAGGAUGCACACACGGAAAGUAAGCCGGAGAAACAAAAUGGAACUUCAAGCAAAUCUCCGUCUUCACAGACAACAUACAUUCAACAGGGCAUGGAAGGCAUCAAGGUCUACUUGCAUGAGCGGGAGUUGUGGAUGAAAUUCUACGAGGUGGGCACGGAGAUGAUCAUCACCAAAGCCGGGAGGCGAAUGUUCCCCAGUUUUAAAGUCAAAGUGACUGGACUGAACCCCAAAACGAAAUAUAUCCUUCUGAUGGAUGUCGUGCCUGCAGAUGAUCAUCGCUAUAAAUUCGCCGAUAAUAAAUGGUCGGUCACGGGGAAAGCAGAGCCCGCGAUGCCGGGUAGGUUGUACGUGCACCCGGAUUCCCCCGCCACCGGGGCCCACUGGAUGAGGCAGCUCGUGUCUUUUCAAAAGUUGAAGCUAACUAAUAAUCACCUCGACCCCUUUGGACACAUCAUUCUGAAUUCUAUGCACAAGUACCAACCCAGAAUUCACAUCGUGAAAGCAGACGAGAACAAUGGCUUCGGAUCCAAAAACACAGCCUUCUGCACGCAUGUGUUCCCAGAAACAGCCUUCAUUGCAGUCACGUCUUACCAAAAUCACAAGAUCACCCAGUUGAAGAUCGAGAACAACCCGUUUGCCAAGGGCUUCCGUGGGAGUGACGACAUGGAGCUGCACAGGAUGUCACGCAUGCAGAGCACUAAGGAGUACCCGGUGGUCCCGCGCAGCACGGUCCGCCAGAGGGUGGGCACCAGCCAGAGUCCCUUCAGCGGGGAGGUGCAGGCCCUGGGUGGGGCCAGCGGCAUGGGGGCCUCGGCGUACCCCUGCGAAAACGGCGUCAGCAGCACCUCCCAGGACCUCCUGCCCCAGUCGGGCUCCUACCCCCUGCCACACGAGCACGGGCAGGACUACCACUGCAUCAAGAGGAAAGUAGAGGACGACUGCCACACUGGUGACCACUCCUACAAGAAGGCGUACAUGGAGAGCUCGUCCAGCGAGGAGGACCAUUACUACCGACCCGUCAGCUACUCCCAGUCCCUGGGCCUGGCGGGUGCCGGUGCCGGCCCCUACCGGACCGAGGCGGGCCAGCGGCAGGCCUGCAUGUACGCCAGCGCCAGCCAGGGGGCCGAGCCCGUGCCCAGCCUGGAGGACAUCAGCUGCAACACCUGGGCGGGCGUCUCGCCCUACAGCAGCUGCUCGGUGGGUAUGCAGCCCAUGGACCGGCUGCCCUACCACCAGCACUUCUCGGCCCACUUCGCCUCGGGCCCGCUGGUGUCGCGGCUGAGCGGGGUGACGGGCCACGCCUCCCCCGGCCUGGCCGACGCCCACGUGCCCAUGUACCAGGGCUCCAUGGGGCCCCACCACCAGACUCUGGGGGCCGUGCGGCAGUGCAGUCCGGGGGCGCCCAGUGGGCCAGGGGUCGGCGUCGGCGUCGGGGUGACCACGGCAGCGGGGCUUCAGUCGCCAGGGGGCGGGGCUCCCGGUCUCCAGGGUAACGAGUACUCGCUGUACUCGCAUGGCAUCCCGCGCACCACGCUCUCGCCGCACCAGUACCACGCGGUGCACAGCGUCAGUAUCAUGCCCGACUGGAGCGACGGCAGCUAACCUGGCCAGGGAGAGGGCUGCCCGCGACGCGGAUGAGGGGAGAAGAGGAAGAAAAAAAGGAAGAAGAGGAGGAGAGGACAUGAUGGACUUGUGUUGAGGAGAUAAGGCG